ACGGACAAUAUUUGAAACAGAUUUUAACUGUUUGUUAAUUAUAGGAAUCAGUAGUAGAUGACAGUAGAUCGUUUCAAUAAUUUUCAAAUCAAAAUAAUUGCCUUGAAGUACACACUAGAAGGUACAGCUGGAGCAUACAUCUUCCUGAGGUUGAAGGUGGAAUUAGAUCUUCCAAAACACACUCUCAACCAGUUCAGAUAUCUACAGAAACUCGCUACAUUUCUCAAGCACUAGAAUGGAGAUUGCUGGAGCAGGCGGAGAAGUUCCACAUAAUGAUCGAAACAAAGAGUUGAAGGCCUUUGACGAAACCAAAGCUGGUGUCAAAGGACUAGUUGAUGCAGGAAUUCAAAAGAUUCCUAGAAUAUUUGUCCGAACACAAGAUGAGCUCACAGAGGACUUGGCUUUCAAAAAUGAGGAUAACAAUAAAAUUGAGAUUCCGCUGAUAGACCUGCAAGGAAUGGAUCAACGGCGCAAGGAGAUAAUUGAUGAGGUUAGAGUAGCAUCAGAGACUUGGGGUUUCUUUCAAUUGAUGAAUCAUGGAAUUCCUGCAAGUGUGACGAACGAGAUGAUCCAAGGCGUACGCCGAUUUCAUGAGGAAGAUGUAGAGCUUAAAAAACAGUUGUACAAGAAAGACCUCAGCCGAAAGGUGCAGUUUGACAGCAACUUCGAUCUUUACAAAUCGAGAUCUGCUAAUUGGAGAGAUACCCUUCGGUGUCUUCUAUUAACUCCUGAUCCUAUCAAUCCACAGGAAUUGCCAGACACUUGCAGGGAUAUAGUAGUUGACUACUGGAAGCAUAUCAUGAAUCUAGGAGGUACUCUGACUGAGUUAUUUUCAGAGGCUCUGGGGCUAAACAGGGACCACCUUAAAGGCAUGGACUGUACUCAAUGCUUGACACUGGGUGGUCAUUAUUAUCCAGCAUGCCCAGAGCCUGAACUGACUCUAGGUACAACUCAGCAUUCAGACCCAAGUUUCUUCACUAUUCUUCUCCAAGACUGUAUUGGUGGACUACAAAUUCUUAAUCAGAGUUGCUGGGUUUCUGUCAAGCCUAUCCCUGGUGCACUAAUAGUAAAUAUCGGCGAUCUUCUUCAGCUUAUUAGUAAUGGGAAGCUUAAAAGUGCAGAGCAUCGAGUACUUGCUAAUCACGUCGGACCACGGGUGUCAGUGGCAUGUUUUUUCAGAGGAAGUACCACAAGGUUAUAUGGUCCAAUAGAGGAGCUGUCGGAUGAAAAUUCCUCUGUAUACAAGCAUACCACUGUUAAAGAUUACACUGCCCAUUACAACUGUAAAGGACUUAACCGUGUUUCCGCCUUGGACCACUUCAAGCUGUGAAGUGGCUGAUUGCUAAUACUGUGUACUUCUUGAUGGCAGACUCAAUACAUGUGGAGUUAGCAAAAUAAAAAUUAGAGAUGUUUGUUUGUAUGAACUCACUACUGUGGAGCAAGGAAUAAAAGCAGGCAUCUGAGACAACAGGGUCUCUUUCUUUU